AUGACAUUAAAGUUUAGUGGAACCUACAAUGUAGAGGCUGCAGAGCAAGUGGAUCGUUCGACGUACCAACAUUCUAUCACUUGCAACGUUUGGCUUCUCGAUUCUACCGCUGUUGCAUUCAGAGUAGACAAACGGUGUAGUGGCCAAGCUCUCUUAGAUUUGACGUUUGACUAUCUUGAGCUGCUGGAGAGGGAUUUCUUUGGACUUGUGUACACGUUUUGUGAGCCAACUGGGGGAAAUCUAAUCAAAUGGUUGGAUCCAACGAAAAGAAUCAAAAAACAGUGCAAAGGUGAGGCAAAUUUCACUUUCUGGUUUCGUGUGAAGUUUUACGUCCCUGAUCCAGCAUGGCUUCAAGAAGAAUAUACACGAUACCAGUUCUUUUUACAAGUACGUAAAGAUAUUCUAGAUGGUCGUCUUCCGGUUUCACGAUCAAUUUCAGUUCAACUAGCUGGAUUAGCUCUCCAAUCUGAAUUGGGUGACUAUACACCGGAGGAUUGUCCACCAGGUUAUGUGAACCAGUUUCGCUUUGUACAAAAUCAGAAUGCUGACUUUGAGGUGCAAGCGUCUGAAUGGCACCGUAAAUCAAGUUCCCUCCUACCAGCAGCUGCUGAACUGGAGUAUUUGAACGUGGUUCGGUAUCUGGAUCACUAUGGUGUGAAAAGUUAUGCGGUUAAAGAUGGACAACACGAUCUUCAAACGAUAACCAUUGGAGUAUCCUUUAUUGGCAUAAGUUUGUUUCGAGAAAAUAAAAUGCUUCAGCAGUAUUCAUGGGAUAAUAUUGCUAAAAUCAAUUUCAAAGGGAAACGAUUUACCCUUCAUUUGAAAACUAGUACAAAAUCAGUGAAUGGUCAUCUUUCAUCGAUUUCUGGACUGACAACAAGUCCAAUAAUCAAAUCAGAGAGUGAACUGAAACAACACUAUCAUUUUCAGUCAGCAGUAAGCACGAAAUUAUUUUGGCAAUAUGCUGUCAGCUGUCAUGCAUUUUUUCGUGUUCGAGAACCUACAAAUGUGCCAUCAAAUCGUCCGAUUACUGGUUUUACUCAACAACAGACAUCAUCUUCAACAAUAUCUGCUACUGCUCUUUAUGCAGCUAUGUCAAGAGUCGCUAGGGGGUUUCAACGUUACUUUUCGGUAACCAGACGAAGUAGUCUGUCGACUGCGACUACUAGUGGCCCAGUCGGUGGAGUUGGUCGUACACUAUCCACAUUAAUGGAACUGAGACGGAAUUCACGUGCAUUUGGUCGUAGUUUCUCCAGAACCCAUAGUAGACGAAGUGAUAAUUUAACUCAAGUCAUUCCUACAUGUAAUCCAACCCAGAUCAUACCUCCUUUAUCCAAGUCUGAUGCCUCAACUAUCUCACCAACCAUAAAUCCCCUGGAUUGUAGUAAUACUGGCAACCAAUCGAAAUCCUAUGCUCAAAUUCCUCCUGGUGCAAAAAUCACUACAUCUGGUGUCAUUGGAGCAUCUAGUGAAAAUAGGUUAACACGUUUAAGCUAUCGAAAUGCUUUAAAUCAGAACCGUGAAUCAAACAUCCUGCUAUCAUCGCAUACAUCAGCCAACUCUAGUGCUAAAAUCAAGAAGUUGACAAAUUCCAUAGAUAUAGAAAGCUCUGCCAAUAUCAGUCGCCUAUCUAGUCAAUCAAAGCAGAUUUUCAAUGAGACCUCCUCUCAACGAAACUCCAGUAAUACAUCCUUUAACGUUUUGGAUAAAUCCAGUCGGUCAAAACCUCAUAAACCAGCCAGUCCAGUGAGUGGUAAUAAUGUUGGAGCUACACGAACAAGUCAACGACGUCAACAACAACACCAAGACAUGAUUUCGACUAGUCAUAGUCAUCAUACUAUCGCCUCCAAUGACACAAAAUUUUCUUCAAAAAAAUUUCAGAAAUCUCCUAUGAAUGGAAAUUAUAUGGAUUAUACUGAAACGGACUCAGUAGACGUUGUACAUAAUAAUCAAGCUUUUGAUAAAAACGAAACGACUGGUUAUUGGAGUACACGUAGAAUGCAACGAUUACAAUCAAGCAGUAAUAAUAUGAACAAUAGUAACCCUCUACUUAAUACUAGUUUAACAUCAGUGACAACAUCAGUAGCAUCAGCGACAGUACCAAUGACAAUGUCAGCAUCACCAUUGAAUAAUCCGAUAAGUAAUAUCAAAAUGCAUUCCACCUCGAAUGUAAACAAAAUCGACGAUUUUCAAGAUAAUGAUCGUUUCAGUCAUAACCGUGUACCUAUUACUACUACUUUCGCUGCUUCCACUGGUAAUGCUCCAACGACUACAGUCACUACCAGACGUAGUCGGUAUAUGCCCACAGAUCAGUGUGUCAAUACAACUGCUACGUAUAUCAAUGCCGCCUCAGUGAAAGAUUCAAAUGUCAAUAAUGAUAUUCACUCUUCCAAGUUGUUGCGUUCAUCAUUAAGUAGUCCUAUCAACCGUUCAAGCACAUCUACUCGUAAUCAAGUGAACUAUUCCACUAAAGGUCUUGAUCAGAAGACAGAGCAUUUAGAUGUCAUAGUCGACUGUGAUAAUGACGUCAGCAGUUCUCAAUACAACACACAUCACAGUAAGGGUUUCCUUAAGGACCCAUUCCAUCCUGGUGCACCUGAUGGAGAAAGCACACUUCAUCCGGCCAAUGAAGUAAAUGAAUUGAAUUCUGAAGGACUUGUGCAUAUAUCCAUUAGACCGGAUAGCCAUGGACGUUUUGGAUUCAAUGUCAAAGGUGGAAUUGAUCACGGGAUGCCAGUUAUUGUCAGUCGUGUUGGUGCAAAUAUGCCUGCAGAUUUGUGUAUCCCAAGACUGUCAGAAGGUGAUCAAAUCUUAUUCAUCAAUAAUAAAGAUGUUUCCAGUCAAACUCAUUUACAGGUAGUAAAUUUGAUACGAGCUGCAAGUGAACAACCUCAUGGUACACUUGAAUUAUUAGUUAAACCAAGUGAUUAUGUCACAGAUGAUAUAAAUGAUGACAAUCCUAUACCAGAUUCUGGGGAUGCACCACCAAUCCCACCAAGAUCUUACCAGUCAUCUUUACGUCAACCUACUUUAUCCUUAGAGAAGUUCACAAGAAAUUCAAAACGUUUGAAACGCUUUUCACUCAGAUCAUCAAGUCAUAAUGUGGUCGAUAAGGAGCUGAACAAUGGCGUUCUACUGAGGAAUUCCUUUCCUAGUUCAAGUUUGCUGGAUUCAAUGAUAGAAUUGGAGACUGUGCUAGCUGAUGGUUCAAUACUCAGUCAGUUUGAACACUUACCUAGAAGAAAAUCUGGUCUCACAAUGAAUGUAUCCCGUCUAAACGAGAAUUCGAUAAAGAAUCGUUAUCGUGAUAUUUCACCAUAUGAUCAAACACGGGUGAUACUGAAAGAAGGAUCUGGAGACUAUAUCAAUGCCAGCUUUGUAAAUAUGGAAUAUCCUAAAUGUGGAGUACAUUUACGCUAUAUCGCUGCACAAGGACCAUUGCCAAAUACGUAUGGUGAUUUUUGGCAAAUGUGCUGGGAACAACAAGUCUGCCUAAUUGUUAUGCUGACAGCGAUCAGUGAACGUGGUCGAGCUAAAUGUCAUCAAUACUGGCCAGAUGUCAACCAGACAGUAAAUUUCUGUGUUUCUUCAAGUCCCAGGAUUUCACAGUUACGCAGUUCCACAGAUCUACAACUGAGAACUAUACGAGAAGAGAUAACUACGCAUGUUGCCUAUCGAGAAUUCGAUAUGACGCAACUGCCUUCACAGCGUACCUCCUUGCAAUCAGUUCUACGUAAACAAACAGAAACACGUCGUAUCACGCAACUACAGUACAUCAGUUGGCCUGAUCAUGGAGUACCCAAUGACAUCGAUCAAUUGAUAUCAUUUGUUGAACAGGUUCAACGAAUUCGUGGAGAAUCUUCGACUGCUCCCAUAGUUGUGCAUUGCUCUGCUGGCAUCGGCCGAACUGGUGUUCUAAUUGCUAUUGAAACGUCAAUAAACCUAAUGGAACGUAAUUUUCCUGUAAAACCAUUAGAAUUGGUUCAGCGAAUGCGUGACCAUAGAGCUAUGCUUAUUCAAACCACUGGUCAAUUUCAAUUUGUAUGCGAAACUAUUCUCAAAGUCUUUCACCGCAAUCAUACAGAGAAUUCGCUCAAGGAUUCCAACUCUAUGACAAGUCAAUCUUGA